CAGUCACUCAGAUACCAUCUUUCAACUUAUGCAAAGUCCUUCAUUACCCACGACUCUUUGAUACAACAUAAUUCACUCGCUACUAUCUUUUCAUACUUACUAUGGUUGAAUCAACCUCCAAAACCUCGAGCCGCAGCUCUUCUGUGACUCUAAGCCCUGGCCCAUCCAACCCAUUGGUUCAGCAUCACGCAUUGUCAGCUUCUUCACUUCGAUCUGCACUCAAGAAGCCAUUUCAGGGCUGGAGCAAGGAGCUUCUUCGAGCACGAGACAACGACGAUGACGAUUACAACUUUUCAAGUGGUAUGCGUCGUGGCGCGCAACACUACAACGACGAGGCCUAAGAUAUUACUUCACUAAGCGACAAAAGAAACGAAAUCGAUAGGGGAUGAAAUGGUGGAAGAAUAGCUUGGUGACUGGCUUGCAUUGGUUGGAGAGAUGCAAGCCGAUUUCGGCUGUAUCGGGUCACUGUAUUUUGUGCUACUUGAAGGCCUGUGGCGAUAUUGAUUGCGUACAGAGCGGUGUCAAUGUUACUUUCCCUGCUAUUUGUUAUCGAUACCCGGCUAAUUUCAUUGUUGUAAUUUUGCGCAAUCAAUCCUUGUUCGAUUUGGCGAGUUCCGCGGACUGCAACACUCGAG